CUUGUUGAUGCAUGCUCUGCCACUGUAUACUACAUACAGUAACCCCAUUUCCAUAUUUAAAAUCCUAGUUUGAUCCAAUCCUGUUACACGGUAGCAACACGCCGGCACCGCAGUCGAUGUCGAUCACCACGGAAAUGGGCUUGCGACAUCACUCACUACAGAAAGAACCCGAUUUCACGUGAAUAGGGCAUUAUGUGUUCUUCCUAUUUUCCUGCUGUUUCGGAUUUCGUGUUUGAAUCCUGGUCAGGCGGGCUUCGGGAAGUGUGUGUCGAACAUAAAAAUAAGGUGCUCUUUGAGACCCAAUGUCUUGAAAUCUGUGAUAGUGGCUACAACACCAAGCUAUGAUUUGGCAACAUUCUCGUCCUGCGGCUGCCGCGGUGAGGCCAGUGAGCUAAGCAAGAAGCAUGGAAAGCCACAAGACCAAGGGAGAGCCUCAUUUUGUUUUCUGGUAGGGUCGAAAGGUGGAUGCUCCUUGUUAGUCUCUCGAUUCGAGACUGAUUAUGCUAGUGCCUGGCAUCAGACUAGGGAGGUCGGGGUUCCCGUUGCUUGCUGCAGAUUAAGGAACCUCAAAAAAAUGUUCGACAACAUAAGCUUAUACUGUGCCUGUGCCUGUCUGAGGUUUACCCCGUAUGACAUGAGCCUCCCGAGUGCCCGCCCCCAUGCUCCAUCAAAUUCUAUUAGCGUCCGGGCUCAUCUGUCCAACUCAUUUAUCGGCUGAAUUGCUCGUAGUGGCAGCCUGUAGGGUAUGGUAGCACCUUGGAUAUGCACAACGUAGGCGUCAGAGACGGACGUGGGACCGGAUACGGCUGGUGACAAUAGUCGCGUUACAACGAAUUUGAUGCCAUCCACUCCUAAGAUUUCCUCACUUGCAUAGCGCCACCAGCAAUGGUCUGGGUGAUGUCAGUCAGUGCGGAUUGGACGCCCUGAAGCUUGAAUCAGAGCAUGGCAACUUCAUGGUAGCUGGAUGGAGCAAAGGCAAGCCGAGACUCCUGUGGGGAAAAGGCUUGCGGAACUGCUUGUCUAGAGAUAUGCCUUCAGCUGGGAUCCGGCGGAGUCCAGGGGACUCUAGGGGUCAGAGACUUGCUUCAGCUGGGCCAAACGAUCUCUGAUGCAUGGCAUGUCGAGCAUCUGGUCCCGGUCAAGCUAGGAUUGAUUCGGUCUCGCGGAACGGAAAUUGGAUCGGAUUCAUGACGAGAGCAUGACAGGCAUGGAGGAACAUGGAGCCACGAUGUGCCAGCAAAGGCGCGCUGGCAUAAUCUCAGCUUGAUACUCGCCGCCCUCCCGCCGGCUUCCGGGAUGUAACCGUAUCGGUUGGUUGGUCGGGCCUUCUAGCACUGCUUGUGUGUUUGGUAUUCUGUAGAUGGAGAAGGUUUGCUGCCGGGGAAGAGUGUUGCCAUCUUGGUUUCUUUUUUUUUUUUUUGUGCUGUCACCAAACCAGGCUCUUUCUGAUAAAAGCCCUCGACGCAGCUCCUCCAGAAAAGGCCAGUGAUCAACCCCAUCCUUGCCUCACACUCGCUCACCAGUCCUACACUGCGAAUCUUCUCACAAGCUCUUGUUCAUAUUCAUCAUGUCGAGCACUUCGAGUUCACGCGUUGAUCUCAGAGAUCAUGUCCAGGAUCAGGACCUCUCUGAAGAGUAUCUGUCUUCGUCAUCCCGCGACUAUUCCGCCGGCAGCUCCCCACUUACCACUCCUGCGCUGUCUGAUGAGGAAUUCGACUUUGAUGUGCCGUCUGAAGAUGCUCUCUUCGCACCAACACAGGCGCCGGCUGACGGUUCGGAGAAGUACAUUAUGGUGAUUGGUGGUCUUGGGUAUAUCGGCUCCCACACAACACUUGAGUUGCUUCGUGAGGGACACAAUGUUAUCGUGGUGGACAACCUGAGCAACAGCUACAAGACGGUUCUGAAGAACGUCCGGAUGCUGGCGGCCCAUCACUGCAAGGUCAACAACACUCCCAUGCCCCGUCUUCGCUUCUUCCGUAUCGACUACCGCAGCAAGGCCAUGCAUGUGCUCCUGGAGAGAUACAGCAACUUGGUGAUGACGGUGGACGCUACGUCAGGCAAGCAGGUGGUGUCGUACCAGUCCCGGAUUGCGGGGGUGAUCCACUUCGCGGCAUACAAGUCGGUGGUCGAAAGCAUCCAGCAGCCCCUGCGCUACUAUCGCAACAACGUGUGUGGACUAGUCAACCUGCUACAGGAGCUGGAGCGUUUCAACAUCCGCAACUUUAUUUUUAGCAGCUCGGCCACCGUGUACGGCUCCAAGGCCAACGCCGGCCUGCCACUGAAGGAAGAGGACCUCAUCCACCACCAGGUCAAGACCCAGAACGAGGCCGGAGAGACGACCAUUGUUGAGCCAACCAUCGAGGGUCUGUCGUGCCCGUAUGCGCGCACCAAGUACUUUGGAGAAGCCAUCUUGGCGGAUGUGGCCGAGGCGGACCCUGAUUGGCGAAUUGUUGCGCUCCGUUACUUCAACCCCGUUGGAUGCGACCCUUCUGGUGUGUUGGGCGAGAGCCCGCGCGGGGAGCCGACCAACCUCUUCCCCGUGCUGACGCAAGUCCUCAAGGGCGACCGCUCGAACCUCAAUGUAUUCGGAUCUGACUGGCCGACUCGUGACGGUACCGCGAUCCGUGACUUUAUCCACGUUCUCGACGUUGCCCGUGGGCACAUUGCGGCGCUCAAUUGGAACUCGAAGAAGGGCAACGGAUUCUCCACCUUCAAUCUCGGCAGCGGUACGGGCACGACGGUUCUCGAGGCGGUUCGCAGCUUGGAGCAGGCGGCUGGCCGUGAAAUUCCCCUCGCGCUCGUUGACAGGAGGCCUGGCGAUGUCGGCAUGUGUGUCGCGUCGACGGAGCGCGCGGCUAAGGAGCUCGGGUGGUCGACUCGCGAGAGCAUCACCAAGUGCGCUGCUGACCUAUGGAACUACGUGUCCAAGGUAGCGUUGAGGUCGUGACGGUCGCCAUGACGUUGACCCCUCGUCCCGCUCUCUCCUCCUUUCUCUUGUGUGUUUGAUUGAUGAUAUCCCGAGCGCAGCAGCGAAGUGAAUCGUUGGCGUGUUUCUUACUCUUUUGUUUCUCUCGGCUGUUUUGGGUUCUGGCUUUUUGGAUGGGAAAAGAUCCGGUUGGCACGUCUGCUGUGCUGAUUAUUUUGAAUUUUUUAAUUUUUUUGGGGGGAUUUUCUUUUGGAUUUUCUUUUGGAUUUUCUUUUGGAUUUUUUUGUUGGUUGGUGUUCUUCGCUUAGUUCCGGGGUACCAAUUUGGGUACAUUGAACAAAAGGGUCGCUGGUCUCACGCAAAACUUUUCAUAUUUGGUUCGUGGGGUUCGUUUGUUAAAGUUUUUUUUUAAAUUUUUUUUGCCUUCCAAGCUGUACGUGUAGACUGUAGAUAUUCUGAGAGAUGAUGAUAGUUGACGACGGAUUGACGUCAGAAGAAGUUCUCGUCGAUCGAAAAUCAAUUAUCCCAAAGUCUGACGAUCAUUAACAUUUGGUGGUGGUGAAGAGCGCGUACAGCUGUUAGUGGGGUAUUGCCCCUCGUUCCCGAGACCUU